AGCACCUGCUUCACACAACCACCUGCUCCAAGUGAACAACACCACUAGUAGAUUUCCCGAGUGACAAGUUCGGCGCUGGAUGGAGCACCAGGGACACGGCACCGGCGAGAAGAAGAGCAUCAUGAGCAAGAUCAAGGAGAAGCUCUCCAGCAGCCACGGUGAUCACCAGCCGGCCGCUGCCACCCACGGGCAGCAGGGACACACCACUGCGGGGACGCAUGGCACCCCGGUCACCGAUGGUGCCUACGGGCAGCACGGACACACCGGAGCCACCGGCACGGGGAUGCACGGCGCCGACACCGGCGAGAAGAAGGGCGUCGUGGAGAACAUCAAUGACAAGCUCCCUGGUGACCAUGAGGACCAUCAGCAGACUGGUGGCACCAACGGUCAACAGGGACAUACUGUCGCGGCGACGCAUGGCGCCUCAGCUACCGGUGGCACCUAUGGCCAGCAGGGAAACACCGGUAUGGGGACACAUGGCACCCCGGCCACCGAUAGUGCCUCCAGGCAGCACAAACACACUGGGUCCACCGGCACGGGGAUGCACGACACCGACAUCAGCGAGAAGAAGGGCGUCAUGGAGAACAUCAAUGAAAAGCUCCCUGGUGGCCAUGGGGACCACCAGCAGACUGGUGGAACCUACGGGCAGAAGGGACACAUGACCGCGGCGACGCAUGGCGCCUCAGCCACCGGCGCCCCGGCCACUGAUGGUGCCUACGGGCAGCAUGGACACACCAGGGCCACCGGUACAGGGAUGCACGGCGUCGACACGGGCGAGAAGAAGGGCAACAUGGAGAACAUCGAUGACAAACUCCCUGGUGGACAUGGGGACCACCAGCAAACUGCUGGCACCCACGGCCAUCAGGGACACAUCGCUGCGACGACGCAUGGCGCCUCGGCCACCGACGACACGUAUGGGCAACAGGGAAACACCAGCACGGGGACACAUGCCGCGCCGGCCACCGAUGGUGCCUAUGGGCAGCAUGGACACACCGGGGCCACCGGCACGGGGAUGGAUGGCGCCGACAUAGGCGAGAAGAAGGGCGUCAUGGAGAACAUCAAUGACAAGCUCUCUGGUGGCCACGGGGACCACCAGCAGACUGGUGGCACCUACGAGCAGCAGGGACACACCGAUGCGGCGACGCAUGGCGCCUCAGCCACCAGCGGCACCUAUGGGCAGCAGGAAAACACCGGUACGGGGACACAUGGUGCCCCUGCCACCGAUGGCGCCUACGGGCAACACAGACACACCGGGGCCAUCGGGACGGGGUUGCAUGGUGCCGACACGGGCGAGAAGAAGGGCGACAUGGAGAACAUCGAUGACAAACUCCCUGAUGGACAUGGGGACCACCAGCAAACUGCUGGCACCUACGGCCAUCAGGGACACACCGCUGCGGCGACGCAUGGCGCCUCGCCCACCGACGACACGUAUGGGCAGCAGGGAAGCACCAGUACGGGGACACAUGCCGCGCCGGCCACCGAUGGUGCCUAUGGGCAGCACGAACACACCGAGGCCACCGGCACGGGGAUGCACGGCGCCGACAUAGGCGAGAAGAAGGGCGUCAUGGAGAACAUCAAUGACAAGCUCUCUGGUGGCCAUGGGGACCACGAGCAAACUGGUGGCACCUACGGGCAGCAGGGACACACCGAUGCGGCGACGCACGGCGCCUCAACCACCAGCGGCACCUAUGGGCAGCACGAAAACACCGGUACGGGGACACAUGGUGCCCCUGCCACCGAUGGCGCCUAUGGGCAGCAUGGACACACCGGGGCCAUCGGGACGGGGUUGCAUGGCGCCAACACGGGCGAGAAGAAGGGCGUCAAGGAGAACAUCAAUGACAAGCUCCCUGAUGGCCGCGGGGACCACCAGCAGACUGGUGGCACCUACGGGCAACAGGAACACAUCGAUGCGGCGACGCAUGGUGCCUUAGCCACUGGCGGCACCAAUGUGCAGCAAGGAAACACCGGUACGGGGACACAUGGCGCCCCGGCCACCGAUGGUGCCUACGGGCAGCACAAACACACCGGAGCCACUGGCACGAGGAUGCAUGACACCGACACCAGCGAGAAGAAGGGCGUCAUGGAGAACAUCAACGACAAGCUGCCUAGUGGAGACGAAGACCACCAGCACACCGGUGGCACUUACGGUCAGCAGGGACAAACCGGCGCGGUGAUGCAUGGCCAGCAGGGACACACCGAAAUGACCGGCUGGGGGACACACGGCAACACUGAGAAAAAGGGCGUCAUGGACGACAUCAAGCCCAAGCUCCCCGGUGGCCACGAUGAUCGCCAGCAGACCGGCGACACCUAUGAACAGCAGCGACACACCGACACUGCAACACAUGGCACCCUUGCCACCGGUGACACCUAUGGGCAGCAGGGACACACCGACACGGGGACAUAUGGCACCGGCGAGAAGAAGGGCGCCAUGGGUAACAUCAAGGAGAAGCUCCCUGGUGGCCAUGGUGACCACCAACAGACUGGUGGCACCUACGGGAGCCAGGAAGACACCGAAAUGACUGGAAUGGGGAUGCAUAGCACCACAGCCACAGACGACACAGAUGGUCAGCAGGGACACACCCGAAUGACCGGCACAGUGGUACACGACACCGACGAGAGGAAGGGUGUCAUGGAGAACUUCAAGGAGAAGCUCCCCGACAGCCAUGACGACCACCAGCAGACUGCUCGCACCGACGGGCACCACGCCGGCACGGGGACGCAUGACACCCCGGCCACCGACGGCACCUAUGGGCAGCACGGACACACUAGAGUGACUGACACAGAGGCGUACAGCACAGGCGGCACAGGCGAGAAGAAGGGCAUCAUGAAGAACACCAAGGAGAAGCUCCCCGGUGGCCACAAUGACCGCCAGCAGACCGGUGACACCUUUGGGCAGCAAGGACACACCGACACGGCGACACAUGGCACCCCGUCCACUGGCGGCACCUACGGGCAGCACGAACACACCGGAGUGACCGAUAAGGGAACACAGGGCACCGGUGGCAUCGACAAGAAGAAGGAUGCCAUGGAGAACAUCAAGGAGAAGCUCCCCGGUGGUCAUGGUGACCACCAGCAGACCGCUGGCACCUACGGGCAGCAUGGACACACUGGAAUGACCGGCACGGAGACGCAUGGAACCACGGCCACCGACGGCGGGCAGCAAGGACACAACGAAACAACUGGCACUGGGACACACGGCACCGACGGGACCGGUGAGAAGAAGAGCUUCAUGGACAAGAUCAAGGAGAAGCUGCCUGGACUGAACUAAGCCCGGUCUGCCUACGGCCGCUACCUUUGCAGAAUAAUACUCCACCGCAUAUAAAUUGAUUGAGUCUAGUUCACCUAGCUCACUUGGUCGUUGGAGAAGCGAAUGUAUCUUGGUUUAAGUUUUCAUGGACAACAUGUGUUCACAGUUUUUUUUUCUUUUUAA